AUGACGGGAAGGCAGCCGGCAGCCGUCAUUGACAAUGGAACGGGGUAAGUUUAAUAGCAGUCGAUCGAGACAAGGAUGUCAGGAUGCAAAUUUGCUAAGGAUUGACUUCAACUUGUAUUUUCGAUAUAUCUGUCUCAAUAAUAAUUCAGCUAGAGUCUCAGAUUUGCCCUUAAGUGUUAUUGUCUCAGUUCAUGCUAUGAUUAAAGUGUUGCAAACUUUGAUUGGUAGAUCAAAACGUGAGGUUGUGAGGUUAAGCUAAUUUUUGCUACAUUGUGGAAAGCACAAGCUUUUCCUUCGUUAUUAAUGAUGUUAAUUAUUAUUUCUUGUAAAAGAAGGUUUUGCUUGAAAAUUACUCUUUUCUUUUAACUCAAAUACAUUUAUUGAUGUCCAUCCUGACAACUUGCCAUCACAAACUGAGAACACCAUUCGUCAAAGUUGUGUUGUUUCUCAUAAAAUUCCAGGCUAUUACUUGUCAUAAAGGCAUGAAUGGCAAGUGCAUGGGUUCUGCAUUGCAUUGCACACAAUGAUGUUAUGCACCCAUAAGGCAAACCCUGCUUCAGCCUUUCAUCUGAUAAGGCAGGUGGUCAGAAAUGACAAAUUGCAAAUGUACUGCUGUUUUACAGUCUGCAUUCUUGAGGAUCAUUAAUGGUGUGUGAGGGCAAAUGUAGGAUUUGUAAUAAGAUCAUCUUUAUGCAGGGCUGUCAACCCCCAUGUCUAUAAAUAUUGAGAAUUGAUAAGGAUGGGAUAAUAGAUGACAUCAUAAUGCCAGCACAUGACGUCAUUUCUGCCAAAAAAAAAAAGCGCAAAAAAGAUGUUGUUAGAAUGUUGUAGCAUUUGACCUGAUUGAUUUACUUCCCACCAAUCAUGUUAUUCCUUAUAUUACAAUGGCAUAGCAGAGUUUAUGAGGAAACGCUCAAUGUUAACAGUAAAAUAGCUCAAACAAUGUAAAAUAUUUGAAAUUUCAUUGUUAGAUAGUUGAGUCUACAAGAAAUGGGCAAACUUCGGCAAUUAUUUAGGUGAUUUCAGACUCUAAUCUGGAGGCCAGGAGAUACGGUUCAAAAUCUGGAGUCUCAUGGAUUAUCCAGGAGAGUUGACAGCACUGUUUAUGAUUCUGACCCUAUUGAAUGCACUGAGAAGGGACUGUCGGGCAAGGUUCCCAGAUUCCAUUCUCUAGAGGAUGAGAUAUUUUCUGUAAAGCAAUGAAAAGAAAAUUCUCUUAGCCUGAGAAAUCAGCUGACAGUUGGAACACCACCUCUGCUUUCCCUAUGAAAUGACAUCUGAGGAAUGAGUGCUGCAGAAAUCCCAAGUGAUGAAUUGUCACCACAAAGAUCCAGAGUUCUCAAUAAGAGCCAGCAGCCGGCAAAAUUCGCCGGGUAUUUCACAUUAACUGGCCGCCUACUUUUCUUUAGAAAUUUCCGUCAAAAAAGUCAAAAUUUAGUGAUGUCUGUGCUCUGUUCACACUACUUUAAUUUUUGCUCCAGAAUGCUGGAAAUGUACUCUAAGAGCCCCCGCCCCAGGCACCCCUAGUAACUUUUUCCUUCUUGCUUUUGCCUCCUACUUAAAACCGUAUUGAAAACUGUAAAGAUCUGGGUAGUGCUUCUGAUUAGUUGAAGCAAAUUUCCCUCACAAUAUGACCAAUCAGAAGCAAUACCUAGAUCUGGGUAAGGAAACCUCUUCAGUGCAUAAUUUUUGUGCUUUUUCCUCAGAAGUCAUUUUGUGGGAAAAGGAAAAUAAGUGGUGGCACCCUGAAAUGUUAGCUGUUUUCUCAUGCUUAAAUUCCCACAACAGUGAUGCUAUUUGAACUCUCUAUAUAAAAUCCAUAGCAUGACAAAAAAAACUCACUGUUGACACUGAGGAGGAGGAAAUUAAAAAGUAACCAAUUUUUGAAUUUCCUUUUCUUUAUUGUAGGUAUACAAAAAUGGGCUUUGCAGGAAACACUGAGCCGCAGUAUAUUGUGCCAACAGGUUUGAAGUUUAUUGAAGUUUGAAGUUUGUUGAUGUUCAUUGAUCUCCAUAGAAGUUACAAAUGAAAUGAAAUUAAAUUAAACUGGACAUGUACACGCAAAUAUCCCCUGCGCACAAAUAACUUGGCUCAUCUACAGAAUGUAGGUGGGCAGAGGAAAACAGUAAGUAAUUUGCUAGGAAGAAAUGGUAAUGGUUCAUUGACAGUGGAAGAACAAACAGCUUAGAAAGUCUUUUGAGGCUUCAAAAGUUUGAACAAAAGUGCAACAUUAAAUUUGCAUCACACACAUAAUAAAUCAAGGCUAGAUCUGUAUUCUGAAACAAUAAUCUUGCAGCACUUUGUUAGUAGUAAGUUACACAACAGGACGGCAGAAAAAGGAGGACGGCAAAACGCUUGAGUGUGACAACAUGAACGUGACAGGGCCAUUAGUUGUGUGUUUUGUUGGGAAUUCACUCUACAUCGAUGUUUUUUGCUCCUCUACAAAAAGUUAUUUUUAAAGGAAUGUGAAGUUUGGCAGAAGGAUUUUUCAAACAUAAUUAUUGUCUCGCUUGUCACCCAAGGUUUGCUGUCAUCUUUCCUUUCCUGUCCUGUUGUGUGAGUUCACUAACAAUAAAACAAAGGUGCAAUCUCCAUAUCAACAUUUAUUAGCAUUAGUGGGCUGUGGACUGUAAAUCUUUUUUUAUACAUGGCUAGGCUACAGUCCUUUGCCAAAGCCAUUUACAAUAAUAUAGACCAUAAACCCUUCACAUCCUUGAAAAAGGUUUGGUAACCAGGGCUGUCACUGAGGGCCGAUAGCCAGGGAUUUCCACUGGCUAUUAUGAACAUGACUCCUGGAAGGAGAAUAGAAGCUAAAGAACUUCUUAGAUGUUCAAUUUCCCACCUACGUAUUCAUUGUCCUCCUAAAUUAUACCUCAGCAUGUCAGGGACCAUUCAUGGCCAGUAGAACAAAAAAUUUGCGCCAGAGGCUGGGAAAUUUAGGAGCUAAGUUCUCUGAAAAAUCAUUCCCUCACUUUAAGACCUAUUUUAUGCAAAUCAGCCGUUGUUAUCGUUUGAGACAACAAUUUAAAACGUUUGAUUCUACUUUAUUUACUCUGUCUUCAAUGAUCUCUUUCCAAAAUGCGUGGCCCAUAAAAAGAAAAGCUGUGUAUACUUUACUGUGUUUAAUUUAGUACUUAUUCAUUUUCCUUGUGAGAAUCGGAUUGGAUCACAACUUCCUUUUUCUAAAAUCUACCUUUUUUUUUAGUAAACCUUCAAGCAGUUGCGGGUGGUAGGAAGUUUUGCUUCAGUUCAGGGGGUAAAUUUUACCAGUUACCGCCUGAUAAGGAGAACACUUCUUAUUGAGAAUACCCGGAAACCUUAGUGACAGCUCUGGGUAACAAUUUUAUUAGUCUAGAUUGUUUACGUGUGGUCAAGUUUGUUUGUUUUGUUGUUUAUAGCUAUUGCAAUAAAGGAAUCAGCUAAAAUUGGUGACAAAACACAAAGAAGAGCUGCCAAAGGCAUAGAUGAUUUAGGUAAAUAUACCCUGUGUAGCAGUUGUCUCCUGACAUUGUAUCAGGCUUCUCUAGAAGCUUAUAUUGUAUUUAUAGUUGUUGCUGUUUCUCAGACAGAAUUUGCUUACACCUUUUCAUCAUUCUUUUUGAUUUUUUGUCUAAAAGUUUAUUAAAGGGUUUAGUUUAUCGUUUGUCUCAUGAUUGUCAAUUUUAUAUUGAUCACGACAUUUCCAUCGCACACUGCAGGUCUUCAUUAUUGUUCAAAAACAUUUUCAUUUAAGUGAUUACUAGUAACUCAAAACUUCACUUUCGUUUAUGUUGGUAGAUUUCUAUAUUGGUGAUGAGGGAAUAGACAAACCUGGUUAUGCAACAAAGGUAAUGUUAACCUGGUUGGUCAGUUCUGGCCAGUUCUGUAAAGGUAAUAGGGAGCUUUAGCAAUGACGGCGGCGACGGCAACGAGAAUGAGAAAAGAGCAAUGGGUUUGUCAAGCAAAACAACAACUUUGCACAUGCAUCACACUUUUUUAUGCAUUUCUUUGCUGUCACUGCAUGACUACCAUGUGAAACUGCCUAAUUUCGCGCUUUGUGAAGGACGUAAACAAGCGACGACGAUUUUUUCUUUCUUUUUCUCAACGUGAGUGCGGUCCCUAAGAAAGCAACUCUGGUGAAAUUCCAUUACAGUUGACAUUUUCAGCGGAACAAUGACAAUGUUUGAAAUAACUCGAAUGCCUUUUCAAAGUGACGUUUUCGCUGCUGUCACCUUCUUCGAUGCAAAAGCUCCCUAAUUAUACGGUCAAGCCUCCAUGUAUGAUUACAUGUACCUCUCGUUAGCGACCACCUCUGGUAAGCAACCACCUCUCUUAGACACCAAAAUUUUCCAGGACAAAGCCCUAUGAUUAGAACUUCUCAUAAAUGACUGCCUGUGAUAAGCAACCGCAAAAAUCUUUCAGCCUGACAGUUAAUAUCUUUUCCAUUGUGUUUAACCUCUUGUAAGCAACCAAUUUAGUAUGGUAUAGUCUUUUUGUUCAAUGUAUAUACUAUGGCACUCAGUAUACAGAGAACGUUCAGUGAUGAAAUGUGGAGCUACACAUAUAUUUAACUUACGAGGUGUUUACAUGACACCGGGGCGACUUUCGCCCAGGAGCGAGUUCACUCUGGUUCCCUCUCAUGGCUCUAUAUUUGUUUACAUGAUACUACCAAAAAAUGUUAUGCUGGCACAAUUCACCCUGGCGUGAGUUCACCCUGGUCCUUAUUCUGGGGCGAGAAUUUCACUCCGGUAUGAAAUCUCACAACAGUAUCAUGUAAACGCCAAACGUCCACCCGUUUCGGUGUGAAAUCAGUCUGCUGGUAGAUGUUUACAAUUUUGAAUUACACCUGUAUUUUAUCAACAUGAAGUGCACCUCCAAAUAACAAGGCAUGAAAUGACCCAGUCAUUAUGUAAACGCAAUACGAAAUAAAAAAUUCAUCCCAGUAUGAACCUCGCGUCGUCGUGAGUUUUCUCAUGUAAACCCCCUUAGAAAUUGCAUACUAUAAAUUCUUGGCUAAAAAGUAGAUGUGUCAGAACCUAUUCUCAUAAGAGACGCCCUGUGGUUUGAUUCUGGUAAGCAACCACAUCCCGUAUGAGGUCACUAAAUCUUUGCAUUUUGGGUGGUCUCUUACAGGAGGUUCAACAGCACUUAUUAACUUUCUCUGUCUAAUAUUUAUUUUUCAGUGGCCAAUAAGGCAUGCUAUUGUAGAAGACUGGGAUUUAAUGGUACGCUGGUUUUGCUUCUCUAAACAUUGUGUCAUGAGUAUUUAUGUGAUAUGGCAUUUUUGCUUAACUAUAGAUUUCAGUUGUCAUUAAACCUGGGGUCUAAAAUCUAAUUGGUACAAAAAACCGUCAAGAAAUAUUUUAUUUGUAUGAAAGUCACAGCUCAAAGCAACUACAGUUGACUCCCGAUAACUCGAACCUCUUGUUAACUCGAAGUAGUUCUUGUUUCUCCUCAGAUCAUUUCUAUAUAAUUUUACCCUCAAUAACUUGAACCGAUUUCCCUGGAAGGUUCGAGUUAUCGGGAGUUGACUGUGAUAGAUAGUUUGUAACAAGUUCUGUUGAUUGUGCUUAAUUCUUAUGAGUUUUGGGAAAGCACUACACUUUGCAAUUUUUGAUCUGCAGGAGCGAUUCUGGGAGCAGUGUAUUUUCAAAUACUUGCGGGCUGAGCCAGAAGACCACUAUUUUCUUUUAGUAAGUAAAAUACAUUACAGUUCUAUUUCGUGCUGUUUUUUCGUGCUGUUUUUGUCUUGUUGGGAGGAUUGUGUGGUUUACGAAUGCAACACAUCAUACUGAUUUAUAUGUAUGCAAAAAUAAUUAUAUUUUAUUAGUGACCUUUCUUGUCAGCUAUGUCCUGAUAACUCUUUCACAUGAACUUGGCUUCAAUGUAAAUUCCCUUGUGAACUAAACAAAGAUCUAAAUUAUUAUUUUAUUAUGUUAUUACUAAUAAAUCAUUUUUUGUUGUUUGUAGACUGAACCUCCUUUAAACACUCCUGAAAACAGAGAAUACACAGCAGGUAACUUGAGUAUUCUUUAGUCAGUGCAUGUGGAUUGAAUAUUUACCACCAGGGAUUGAACAUAAGACAUCAUACAUCAGACAUAAGAAAUCAUACAUUAGACAUCAGACAUACAUAUAUCACAAAUCAGACAUCUGACAACAAACGUCAGUCAUCAUUCAGACAUACAGACAUCUGUCAUCAGACAUCUGACCUCUAGCGUCUGACAUCAGACAUCAAACAUCAUCCAUAUAUCACACAUCAGACUUAUAACAUCUGACAUAAGACAUCAGACGUCCGACUUCUGACUUCAGACAUCUGACAUGAGACAUCUGACAUCUGACAUCAGACAUCACACACCAGACAUCAAACAUCAGACAUCAUACAUAAGAAAUAAUCAAUCAGACAUCAGACAUUAGACAUCAGAUAUCAUACAUAUCUCAUAUAAUUAUAACUGUCAUCAGACAUCUGAUGUCUAAUUUCAGACGUCUGAUAACAGUUAUAUGAUGUCAGACGUCUGCUAACAGUUAUAUGACAUCAGACAUCUGAUGUCAGAUGUCUGCUGUCAUAUAACUGUUAUCAGACAUCUGAUGUUAUAUUUAGUUAUAUAACUGUUAUCAGACAUGUGAUGUCUCAUAUCAGACAUCUGAUAACACUUAUGAUGUCAGACGUCUGAUAACAGUUAUAUGAUGUCAGUUGUCUAAAGUCAGACAUCUGAUAUAAGACAUAUGCUGUCAUAUAACUGUUAUCGGACGUCUGAUCUCAUAUUUUGUUAUAUAACUGUUAUCAGACAUCUGAUGUCUCAUAUCAGACGUCUGAUAACACUUAUGAUGUAAGUCAACUGACAUCAUAUGACUGUUAUCAGCCUUCUGAUGACAGUUAUAUAACAUAACAUAUAAAAUCAGACAUCAGACGUCUGAUAACAGUUAUAUAACAGAACAUAUAACAUCAGACGUCUGAUAACAGUUAUAUGAGAGCAGACGUCUGACAUCAGAUGUCUGAUAAUAACUGUAAUAUAGCUGUAAUAUAACUGUUAGUAGACGUCUGACAUCAUAUAACUGUUAUCAGACCUCUGAUGACAGUUAUACAACAUAACAUGUAAAAUCAGACAUCAGAUGUCUGAUAACAGUUAUAUAACAGAACAUAUAACAUCAUCACACGGCAAAUAUGUAAAACAGUUUUUGAGAAUUUUUAAUUAAUUUUCUCUGUUAGACUGAUGUUUUUAACCGUGUAUAAAUAAAGUUAUCAUUCAUUCAUUUAUUCAACUUGCCAGACAACAUAGUAUUAAAUUAUAGGCAAACUCUUUUUAAGCCCUGUACCUUUUUUAACAGUUCAUCAGUUUUGAGAGAUCAUCUUGUGAAAAGUUAGCAGACAAAGAAGUUUAACUUGGUUUAAUAAGUGUACCUUUUUCAAACAUGUUUACUUCACAGGUUUGUCUGUGUUGAGAAGGGCAACAGUGAUGCUUAUCAUGUUUCAUUUGUUUUCAGAAAUUAUGUUUGAGUCAUUCAAUAUCCCAGGCUUGUAUAUUGCUGUGCAGGUGAGAUUCAUAAUAUUAUUUUGCAGUAAGUUGGUUUUAAUCUUUCUAUUUCAAUCUUUUGUUUUCAGUAUUGAAAAGGUGAUCACAAUAAUGAUGAUGACGAUACUAUUAUUAUUAUUAUUAUUAUUAUUAUUAUUAUUAUAUUUUUUUUUUCGAGGUUGAAAGACCAUUUUUAACUACACAAAGAAAGGAAGUUGAGGCUUGAAGUACCAUAUUGCCAUAAAUAUUUCAUACAAAUCACUGUAUUUUGUCACUCUUAAGCUAGUUCCACACAAAUCCUGAUAUUUUUAAAACUGCACACUUUUUCACAUAAAUCAGCCUUCCAUCCACACAAAACGAGUGAAUCCGCUCACUGAAACUGCAUCGAUUUGAAACGGCUCUCAAGAGCAGUUUACGGCCCUGUUCAUAAUAAUUGGGGUAAAAAAUAUGCAGAGUCAAAGAUCUCGGGAUUCGUAUGGAUAUAGCCCCAGCCUCAAGCUGGCAUCUCUGUCUAAAGAAAUGUGAGAGAGGUCUAUUAAUAAAAAGGUCCCUUUCUUUUUUCUCUAGGCUGUGCUAGCUUUGGCUGCAUCCUGGACAUCUCGUCAAGUAGGAGAAAGAACCCUGACUGGAACAGUUAUUGAUUCAGGGGAUGGUGUUACUCACGUCAUUCCUGUGGUAAGUGGGUUUAACCCCCGGGGUGCGGGGUUGGGGAGAUUCCCAUAUGAAGGUGACGCAAGUGGGAUGCUUGUCGGAAAAUUCAAAUUAAACCCCUAAGGGAGACCAGUGUGGGUGUGGCUCAAGCUUAAACUGACCCCUAAGGGAGGUUUCUGUGUGGUCAGUGUCAGGACAUUUUUUGUAAAUUUCUCCAUUUACAGUAUUAAGCGAUACCUAAAUGGGCAAAUAAAGUGACUUUCCAUCCCAAACACCCUAAUUGAAACCAAAAUCUGCAAUUUACACCCCAAAGGGAGACGACGGGUAUCCCCAUCACUGUUAUAUGGGAGCUGCCCCCCCCCCCCCCCCCCCCCCCCCCGCCCCCCCCCCGCCCCCCCACUUUUUUUUUUUUUUUUUUUUUUUUUUUUUUUUUUUUUUUUUUUUUUUUUUUUUUUUUUUUUUUUUGGGGGGGUGUUUUUUUUUUGUUGUUUUUUAAAUUUAUUUUCUUUUUGUUGGUUCGUCCUUUUUUUUUUUUUUUUGCGUGUUGUUGUUUGUUAUCGAUAAGGCUCUCCCUCGCGGCCGUCUAGAUGGUAAAACUUUCCCCCUCAGACCCACUCCACACCUCUUAUGAUGAUCAAAACACUCACAGAGACGAACAUAACCAGCUCUUGUCACCCCAAACACCCACUGCGAACCCCACAAUAAACUUUCCCCCCCCGAAGGGGAGACGCGGCGCCCCCCACACUCUUUCUGGGGGGGCCCCCCCCCCCCCCCCCCCGCUGGGGCCCAACCCUUGGAACACCAUUUUAGGAUUUGAUGUCUGCAUUUAGCCUUUGUUGUAACUAUUUUAGUUUCUGUCCUUAUUAUAGGCUGAGGGAUAUGUCAUUGGUAGUUGUAUAAAGCACAUUCCAAUUGCUGGUCGCGACAUCACUUUCUUUGUGCAGCAGCUGCUUCGUGAACGUGAAACUGGCAUCCCUCCAGAGCAGUCUAUGGAAACUGCUAAAACCAUCAAGGUAAUGUAAGGUCAUUAUUAACACUUCACCUAUUGGAAUCAAGAAUUAGAAUUGAGACAGUGCUGGUCAGUGGCAGUCUUGGGGCAGUAUUGUGGCAGUCAUGCAUUUGGGGUUCUGAUAGCAGGGCUCAAAAAAAAUGUCCUGUCCAGUAAUCCAGGACAAGUAGAUUUUCUUACUGGGCAAGUAACAUUUAAAGCCCACUUGCCCAUUGGACAAGGGUCCAGGUGAGUCAUUCUCCAACUAAAUUCUUAGCUUAGACAAGCAAGUAGUGGCCCCAGGCAAGCAAAACACGACAGCUACCUGCCCAAAGGAUGGCUGGAGUUGAAGAUUUUUUCCAGCAAUGUGAUAAAAAUGUGAUGGCAAAUUUUAAAGCCUGGGCCAGGUUGUUCAAAGCUGAGUUAAGAAAACCCAGGGUUAGUGUGAAUUUGAAUUCAGAGAUAUGAAAACUAAAAAAACAAAUUCAGGUAAAUUCUUUCCGUCUACAAUUUGGUGAUUGGAUGGUCUGUAAAGAGUAGAAAAAAAUUAUCCAAGAAAAUGUUUUUGGAUAAAAGAAGAAGAAACCCAGAUUAAAGUUAAACCCCAGGUUAGGACUGAUCGGCCUUCAAAAAAAUGGGGCCUGUUCGAUACAUGAGAGAGACGUUUUUUUUUUUACCAGUCAGUGACACAGGAAUCUCUUGUAGUCAUAGGUUCAAUCUCCAGUGGGGAAUACUUGGAUGUUCUCUUCUGAGCCGCCUGUGUCACUGACUGAAUAAAACAUCCUUCUCAUAUGGGUUUUUUUUUUUGGGGGGGGGGGGGGUAGUGGGGGGUUAUAAUCCCUGUAGGGUUUAUAUGGUUUUAGUCUUGAAAUAAAAUGUUUUUUUAUCGUUCCCUCGCUAGCGCUGUACUUCGGAUAUGAGCGUAGGUUUAGAUGUUGUGGGCCUAAUGGAAAAAAAUUAAUGGGACUUUAAAAAAAAGGGGACUGUUGAGAAAAAGAAGAGAUGGUUUUUUUUUUUACCAGUCUGUGAAAAAGGAAUCUUUUUUAGUCUUUAGUUUAAUCUUCAGUGGGGAAUACUUGGAUGUUCUCUUUUGAGCCGCCUGUGUCAUUGACUGAAUAAAACAUCCUUCUUUUAUGGGUUUUUUUUUUUGGGGGGGGGGGCGUUUGUGUGGGGCUAUAUUGCCUGCAGUGUUUAUUUGGUUUUAGUGUUGCAAUAAAAUGUUUUUUUAUAGUUCCCACUCUAGCCCUGUACUUCGGAUUUGGCCAAGUGUUAAGAAUGUGUGGUCCUAAUAGGAUAAUUACAUCAUUUAUUAACAGAGACUUUCUAGACAAGAAUUAUCAGUUUUAUUGUUGGGUAUAACCAUGCAACUUUUUUCUGCCUUUAUUUGUCCAAGUUUGGAAAGUUUUCAUUUUUUGGUGUAUUAUGUACAUGUAAGUUCCUGACCGUAAGGUUGAAAGGACAGUUUCAAACUCAAGUUGUUCUCUUCUCAGGAACGCUGGGGCUACAUCUGUCCUGACAUUGCUAAAGAGUUUGCUAAGUAUGAAGCAGAGCCAGGCAAAUGGAUGAAAAAAUAUGAGAGUGUAAAUGCCAUCACCAGAAAGGUAGCUCGGAAUCCAAAAAGAUAACUUGUAUUGUUAUUCAUUUUCCUGGUCUUGCUUAGAUACAGUCUAAGGAAAUUACUUAAAUUUUAGUCAGCUGUUACUGGCACUGUACAAACGACUUAUUGACCAACUCAAGCAAAACUGACGACAAUAGAAUGACUGAACAACUGACCAUUUGACAAACCAAUAAAUGACCGUUUAACCCUUUAAGCCCCAAUAUCCACAUGCAAAUUCCCCAAACUGACCUUCGUACAUUUUUUAAAGAAUUAGUUGAGAGAAUUUGAUAAAGGAUCAAGGCAUUUUCUCUUUGGUGAUCAUUUUAUUAGUUCUCGUAACUUUAUCUCUUGACAAUUUAUGGACAUCGUUUGGCGAAAAUUGUUGUUGGUCACUAUUGGGAUUUAAAGGGUUGAUUGUGACAAAAGACGGAUCGAAAUGCAUCAAUGACAUUAGGAGUCUUCAUAGCCAAUAACGUCAAGGCUUAACUGACACAUGACCAAUAACAUCACGACUUUAUUGACCAUCAGGCCCCAGUUGUUCAAAAGUUGGAUAGCGCUAUCCACCAGAUAAAUCACUCUCCAACGGAUAAGUGUUAGGGAAAGCGAUAUGCUGUCCACUGGAUAGAGCCAGGUCAAUAACCAGAGUAUUACGAUCAACUGACGUGAUGCAAUUCACUUUGACUCUGAAGAUGACAACCGCACAGGUCUAGAAACGUCAGUCACCGUCAACAGGACUACGCUCGCCCAAACGAUUAUAUUUUACCCAUUUAUGAAAUUACCUGUAAAAUGAAACUGAAACGAAAGAUAAGCAGUAAGAAUUAAAUGAUUACAUGUAAAUGAAACCUUCUUUAAAUUUGGUCAGCUUUAGAUGGCCAUAAACCUCUCCUAUUCCAAGGCCCUUCCACUUAGAUAAGAUGAAUGAUUUUUGAAACUUCACAGUCAGUUCCAGGUCAUUCAGUGAUUUUGUUACAAAUAGUCAUGGUCAGUCCUCUGACUCAUUUUGAAAAAAAAAAAGAUGAGUCCCGGUUCAAAAAACAGUGAGUCCCUGGGUCUUUUCUAACCACACAGUUAAUCUGAAGAGAGACUCCAAAACUCUGUAUUGCAGUUUACUGAAAUAAAGAUAUACUCCCUCUAUUGUAAAGCAAACAAAGACUAAAAGAAGUAAGCGUUUUUUAACAACAGCCACAAGAACAGCCACAGAAAUCACACAAACACGAUAUUUUUACAAAAACCUCUUCAGAUCGAUCAAUCGAUCUUUGGGGAUUUUUAUGCGUCAGGGACGCGGGGCGCAGAGGUAACAAAAUCACUGCGGUCAUUUUUUAUGAGCACCUAAGUGCCAGUGAAUGUUCUGUAUUGAUGCUCUUCAAUUUUUCAUUCUACAGCCUUUCUCAGUUGACGUGGGUUAUGAGCGAUUUUUGGGCCCAGAAAUUUUUUUCCACCCUGAGGUAAGGGAAUCCUCUGCAGGCUUGUACAUACCGUAUUUACUCCAAUAAGCAACACAGUCCGCAGUUGAGGCGUGAAAAAUUUAAUAAACGCCGCGGUGCUUAUUCGAGUAAAUACAGUAGUUGUAAAGUAUGUGUACAAACAACGUCCUUCUGUGGACUUUUGAAUUUUUAAACUCAGUAGGCUUGUCUCUGAUGUUUUACAUGUAAACUGAAUGCUUUUUAUUUUAGUUCUGUAACCCAGAUUUUACCACUCCACUGUCAGAAGUUGUGGACGACGUCAUCCAAAACUGCCCUAUUGAUGUGCGUAGGCCUCUUUACAAGGUAAGAAGGAUCGCCUUCUCGUGCAUAUCUAGAUGUUUGUUUUUUAGGUGUCUACCGUUUCAGCCACCUUGAGCAUUUGACAUUUGCUUAUUUUGUGUUUACUUGCCUGCCAGAACAUAGUGCUCUCUGGAGGCUCCACCAUGUUCCGUGACUUUGGUCGCCGUUUGCAGCGUGACAUAAAGCGCGCAGUGGACGCUCGCUUGAAACUCAGUGAGCAGCUUAGUGGAGGACGCAUCAAGGUAAACAACCUUGUUAUCAACUGAAGCUUUUCUUAAUUUGCCCUGAAAUUACUCCGUUACAUCAAAAUAUACAGUGUCUUGUGCAGUAGCCGGACAAAACAGCCGACCUUUUGCGAGGUCAUCAACGGUUUCCCCGCGAAAUGCCGUCUAAAGAACAAGCACAGAAAUUCCAUACUGAUUAAGUGUCAUUAUCCAGAUCUGGGUAGAUCUGGGUGCGUCUGAUUGGUUAAAGUAAAUUUCUCUCACGGCACAAUCAAUUAGAAGCACUACCCAGAUCUGGGUAGUUACAGGUCAUCAGAAUGAAAUUUUGGCGGGAAACAGUUGUUGCCGUCGCGAAAUGUCGGCUGUUUUCUCAGGCUACCUAAGGUGGUCACGCGACAUCAGUGGGGAAUGCGUUGUGUGACAACCCCAACAGUCAUGCAGACCGUGGAUAGGUUGAAGUGCAGUGGUAAACGCUAGAAUGUAGAGACCUCUAGAAUCUAGGAUGAGGACGACUAGGAGUACGAGAUUUUCUGAAUAUUAUUUAGUGCGCGCGCGUGAACCAACGUCAUUUUGGCGGGAAACUUGUCUUCUACGAGUUUUAGCGAAAAUGUCUUAAUGGUGGAAACAAGUUAUCGGAUGUUAGAAGUUUUGUCAUUUUGUGAUAUAGAGAGUUCUUAAUCUUCACCAAUAAAAUAACCGUGCUAACUUCAGGUAAGGAAAAUCAAGGUUUCCGGGAUGCUUAUUUAUUAGAAUACGCGAAAAAACUGCAUGUCAAAUCUCAAAUCUCUUCAAAUGCGUUGUGGGUAAAGUAUCUUUGGGAGAGUGAUUUGUUUAUUUACUUAUUUAUUUAAUUUCAGCCAAAACCAAUUGAAACUCAAGUUAUUACACAUCACAUGCAGCGCUAUGCUGUUUGGUUUGGAGGAAGUAUGUUGGCUUCAACGGUAAGCUUUAUAUACAUGAGCCUUGUAGCAGCUCUAGAAAGAGUGGUUAGUCACGAUCUGUUAUUUGCUUCAAAUGGCAAUAUUUUAAAGAUUUCCUUGAAGUUCUGUUUAAAAAAGGAGCAGGAUUGUAUUAUCAGGUUUAAAAACUCGGGCCGAAGCCGAGAGUUUUUACACCUGAUAAUACACGACUGCGAGUUUUUUGAACGGCUUCAAAAUCUCUGAUAAAGAUCAACUCAUUCUUGCACUAAUACUCAGAUUUUGGUCUAAAAGAUUGGACCUAAAGCUUAGCCAUGUUUUUAUCAGAUUUAAGGACAUUCAUUAAUAUUAAUUUCUAUUUUUUCUUUAUGAAUUUUUUAUGAGUCUUUGAAGCGCACAAAAGCAAGAACAGUGACUCAGUGAAAACGAAGAAAAGUGCGACAAUAAAUAUCAAGGCUACUGAUACUUUCCCGUGGUUCUAAAUUUUGAGCCAUUCAAAUGACAGCUUAUGCUGUACAAGGUGGUUCUAACUUCUGAUUCUGUGGAUGAAAUCCUAUAAUGUGACCAUUCAAAUGAAAGCUACUGAGCAGUACUUUCCUGUGGUACUGUUUAUUAUGCUGUACAAGGUGGUUCUAACUUUUGAGUCUGUGAAUGAAAUCCUUAACUCUUGUCGUUUAAGUAAAAGCAACUAGUAGACCCGCAGUAACUUUAGUUGUUUAAAUACUACCCAGGACAUUGUUUCAAAAUUGGCCUUACAUUGUUCCGUUCCUAUUUUUUAGCCCGAGUUCUACACAGUGUGCCACACCAAAGCAGAUUAUGACGAACAUGGCCCCAGCAUUUGCCGUCACAAUCCGGUGUUUGGAACUAUGUCUUGA